AUGCGUUCUUCCAUCCUCCUCGUCGCUUUCUCGGCUCUGGCCGCUGCUCAGUCCUCCGUUGCUGUGCCCCAGGGUCAGCCCUCCGCUGCUGUCACCUCUUCCCCUGUGAUCCCCACUCAGGGCUCUCUGCCUGCUGGUGCUUCCAGCGUCCUCAUUGGAUCUAGCGGUGUUCCCUCUUCCUUCGCGAAGUCGGCCAGCGCCUCUGCUUCCACUUCCACCAAGACCUCCACCAAGACCUCCAGCUCCGACUCUUCCACCUCCACCAGUGACUCUUCGUCCAAGAGCGGUUCCAGCUCCAGCUCCAGCACCUCUUCUGGCGCUGGUGUCCCUCUCGCUACCGCUGGCCCCGUCGGUCUUUCCGUCGUGGCUGGUGCUGCCCUCGCCGCUUUUCUGGAUUUCUGGAAUGCCGAGACUGCCCCUUUCAUUUCAAAUCCAACCACUUGCAUUGACAACAAGUCUUGCGCCACCCUGAAGGGAACUAUUCUAAAUGUCAUUCCGAAACCAACCGUUAUCGAGGCCUCUAAACGGCCGCGUUUCCAUAUUUUGCUGGAACCAAGCCCUCAGGCCACCCAGCGACCUUGCUUAAAAAGGAACUAUACCACAAUGGCUUGCGAAGUUACAUCACUCAUAGUAGCUACAGAUAAAGCAAAGACGGGUGUAUACUCUAGGUGUACUCUGCCUGUCUUUCAGGAUCACGAGCAAGCGGUUACUGUCACGGUAUCAAGAUAUAGGACUAGAUUUGUGGUUAUCUGGAUGAUCGAGUUCCCCGACAUAGGAGAUAUAGCAGGCUCAUUACAUUUCCUAAAACGCGCAAUUCAGACGCGAAUACACGUGACUGAUCCACGCGCGCUGUUUCCUUACCCGAUGUGGACUAGUCGCCAGCGCUUCACCUCAUCAAAACAAAGAACAACAAGCGGCCGUCGGGGGCAACGGAUCGGGACCGAGCCAUCAUCAUCCACCUUGCUGCGAAUCAUCUAUCGUUCUGCCGAGCUCUCACGGUCCACAAAGGGAUUCUCGUCCGUGUCACUCGCCUAG